GCUCCCAGAGUUGGCUUACUUUCCUAUUUCAUUCUGUUGCCGAGCUCUUUCAUUUGGAAUAGGCUGGCUCCAUUCCUCACCAAAUAUGGCGCGUUUGGCACCUUCGACCUUCCCGUUUAGGGAUGGCGCAAGACUUGGACUCCUACUCUUCAUUGGACUGGCGGGCACCGGUUUUAGACUAUCAGCCGCACAAGCCCCAUCAGAUUGCCCUCAAAGUCUGACCGUGUUUCCUAACGUUAACUCUAUAGCUCCCGAUGGUGUGGUGACAUGCGAUGAUGGCUAUGUCUUGAGUUCAUCUGAACUAGCCACUUGUGACAACGCGACUGGAGAUUGGGAGUGGGAUUUUGACUGUUUGCCUGUAUGUACUUUGCCAACAGUUGCCAAUAGUAGAAGCGUAAAUGGAAGCGGUCAUAGUGUCGGUGGACAGCACACAAUGUACAGUGUUACUUGCAGUUUAGGAUUCUACCUGUCGAACUCAGCGUAUGCAAGGAACUGCACUUCGGCAGGAGGAGACUUCAAUUCAGUGCCCACAUGUCAAAGUUGCUCGCACUCUAAUCUUGGAAACGUUCAGGAGAUCAAUGCCAUUACUGGUGUAGUAACAUGUAGCACUGCUGCCUUCAAAUUGGACUCAUCACCAGUUGCCAGAUGCGCUGGAGAUGGAGAUGGAAAAUGGCAGUGGAGUGUUGGUUCAUGCACAUUGUGUAAAGACCCAACCAACCUGCAAGGUACGAUCAGUGAUGAUGGCAUUGUCCAGUGUAGCAGUGGAUAUGUCCAGACAGCAAGUGGAACUACUGGCGGUGCUGUCACUGCUCAAUGUAACGACAGAGCACCUGGCAGCCAGGAUGUUUGGACAAACGUUGGCAGCUGUGAUGCUGUAUGUACUUUGCCAACAGUUGCCAAUAGUAGAAGCGUAAAUGGAAGCGGUCAUAGUUUCGGUGGACAGCACACAAUGUACAGUGUUACUUGCAGUUCAGGAUUCUACCUGUCCAACUCAGCGUAUGCAAGGACCUGCACUUCGGCAGGAGGAAACUUCAAUUCAGUGCCCACAUGUCAAGCUUGCUCACACUCCAAUCUGGAUAACGUCCAGAGUAUUGUCUCAAGCUCUGGUGUUGUUACCUGUGACUACAAUGCCUUCAAAUUGGCCUCGUCGCCACCUGCCUCUUGCAAUGGCGUUGGAAGUGGAAGCUGGGAAUGGACUGGUUCAUGCGUAUUGUGCACAACGCCAAGCAGCUCCAAUGCUAGAAUCCUGUCCAACGGCACGGUGCAGUGCAAUGCGGGAUUCGUUCAGACGGCUAGUGGUCCUGUCCAAGCCCAGUGUGCUGACAGAGACAAUCCAACACCGGCCGCAUGGACCAACUAUGGAACUUGUCAAGCUGUAUGUACUUUGCCAACAGUUGCCAAUAGUAGAAGCGUAGAGGGAGGCGGUCAUAGUUUCGGUGGACAGCACACAAUGUACAGUGUUACUUGCAGUUCAGGAUUCUACCUGUCCAACUCAGCGUAUGCAAGGACCUGCACUUCGGCAGGAGGAGACUUCAAUUCAGUGCCCACAUGUCAAAGUUGCUCGCACUCUAAUCUUGGAAACGUUCAGGAGAUCAAUGCCAUUACUGGUGUAGUAACAUGUAGCACUGCUGCCUUCAAAUUGGACUCAUCACCAGUUGCCAGAUGCGCUGGAGAUGGAGAUGGAAAAUGGCAGUGGAGUGUUGGUUCAUGCACAUUGUGUAAAGACCCAACCAACCUGCAAGGUACGAUCAGUGAUGUUGGCAUUGUCCAGUGUAGCAGUGGAUAUGUCCAGACAGCAAGUGGAACUACUGGCGGUGCUGUCACUGCUCAAUGUAACGACAGAGCACCUGGCAGCCAGGAUGUUUGGACAAACGUUGGCAGCUGUGAUGCUGUAUGUACUUUGCCAACAGUUGCCAAUAGUAGAAGCGUAAAUGGAAGCGGUCAUAGUUUCGGUGGACAGCACACAAUGUACAGUGUUACUUGCAGUUCAGGAUUCUACCUGUCCAACUCAGCGUAUGCAAGGACCUGCACUUCGGCAGGAGGAAACUUCAAUUCAGUGCCCACAUGUCAAGCUUGCUCACACUCCAAUCUGGAUAACGUCCAGAGUAUUGUCUCAAGCUCUGGUGUUGUUACCUGUGACUAUAAUGCCUUCAAAUUGGCCUCGUCGCCACCUGCCUCUUGCAAUGGCGUUGGAAGUGGAAGCUGGGAAUGGACUGGUUCAUGCGUAUUGUGCACAACGCCAAGCAGCUCCAAUGCUAGAAUCCUGUCCAACGGCACGGUGCAGUGCAAUGCGGGAUUCGUUCAGACGGCUAGUGGUCCUGUCCAAGCCCAGUGUGCUGACAGAGACAAUCCAACACCGGCCGCAUGGACCAACUAUGGAACUUGUCAAGCUGUAUGUACUUUGCCAACAGUUGCCAAUAGUAGAAGCGUAGAGGGAGGCGGUCAUAGUUUCGGUGGACAGCACACAAUGUACAGUGUUACUUGCAGUUCAGGAUUCUACCUGUCCAACUCAGCGUAUGCAAGGACCUGCACUUCGGCAGGAGGAGACUUCAAUUCAGUGCCCACAUGUCAAACUUGCUCACACUCCAAUCUGGAUAACGUCCAGAGUAUUGUCUCAAGCUCUGGUGUUGUUACCUGUGACUACAAUGCCUUCAAAUUGGCCUCGUCGCCACCUGCCUCUUGCAAUGGCGUUGGAAGUGGAAGCUGGGAAUGGACUGGUUCAUGCGUAUUGUGCACAACGCCAAGCAGCUCCAAUGCUAGAAUCCUGUCCAACGGCACGGUGCAGUGCAAUGCGGGAUUCGUUCAGACGGCUAGUGGUCCUGUCCAAGCCCAGUGUGCUGACAGAGACAAUCCAACACCGGCCGCAUGGACCAACUAUGGAACUUGUCAAGCUGUAUGUACUUUGCCAACAGUUGCCAAUAGUAGAAGCGUAGAGGGAGGCGGUCAUAGUUUCGGUGGACAGCACACAAUGUACAGUGUUACUUGCAGUUCAGGAUUCUACCUGUCCAACUCAGCGUAUGCAAGGACCUGCACUUCGGCAGGAGGAGACUUCAAUUCAGUGCCCACAUGUCAAAGUUGCUCGCACUCUAAUCUUGGAAACGUUCAGGAGAUCAAUGCCAUUACUGGUGUAGUAACAUGUAGCACUGCUGCCUUCAAAUUGGACUCAUCACCAGUUGCCAGAUGCGCUGGAGAUGGAGAUGGAAAAUGGCAGUGGAGUGUUGGUUCAUGCACAUUGUGUAAAGACCCAACCAACCUGCAAGGUAUGAUCAGUGAUGUUGGCAUUGUCCAGUGUAGCAGUGGAUAUGUCCAGACAGCAAGUGGAACUACUGGCGGUGCUGUCACUGCUCAAUGUAACGACAGAGCACCUGGCAGCCAGGAUGUUUGGACAAACGUUGGCAGCUGUGAUGCUGUAUGUACUUUGCCAACAGUUGCCAAUAGUAGAAGCGUAAAUGGAAGCGGUCAUAGUUUCGGUGGACAGCACACAAUGUACAGUGUUACUUGCAGUUCAGGAUUCUACCUGUCCAACUCAGCGUAUGCAAGGACCUGCACUUCGGCAGGAGGAAACUUCAAUUCAGUGCCCACAUGUCAAGCUUGCUCACACUCCAAUCUGGAUAACGUCCAGAGUAUUGUCUCAAGCUCUGGUGUUGUUACCUGUGACUACAAUGCCUUCAAAUUGGCCUCGUCGCCACCUGCCUCUUGCAAUGGCGUUGGAAGUGGAAGCUGGGAAUGGACUGGUUCAUGCGUAUUGUGCACAACGCCAAGCAGCUCCAAUGCUAGAAUCCUGUCCAACGGCACGGUGCAGUGCAAUGCGGGAUUCGUUCAGACGGCUAGUGGUCCUGUCCAAGCCCAGUGUGCUGACAGAGACAAUCCAACACCGGCCGCAUGGACCAACUAUGGAACUUGUCAAGCUGUAUGUACUUUGCCAACAGUUGCCAAUAGUAGAAGCGUAGAGGGAGGCGGUCAUAGUUUCGGUGGACAGCACACAAUGUACAGUGUUACUUGCAGUUCAGGAUUCUACCUGUCCAACUCAGCGUAUGCAAGGACCUGCACUUCGGCAGGAGGAGACUUCAAUUCAGUGCCCACAUGUCAAAGUUGCUCGCACUCUAAUCUUGGAAACGUUCAGGAGAUCAAUGCCAUUACUGGUGUAGUAACAUGUAGCACUGCUGCCUUCAAAUUGGACUCAUCACCAGUUGCCAGAUGCGCUGGAGAUGGAGAUGGAAAAUGGCAGUGGAGUGUUGGUUCAUGCACAUUGUGUAAAGACCCAACCAACCUGCAAGGUACGAUCAGUGAUGUUGGCAUUGUCCAGUGUAGCAGUGGAUAUGUCCAGACAGCAAGUGGAACUACUGGCGGUGCUGUCACUGCUCAAUGUAACGACAGAGCACCUGGCAGCCAGGAUGUUUGGACAAACGUUGGCAGCUGUGAUGCUGUAUGUACUUUGCCAACAGUUGCCAAUAGCAGAAGCGUAAAUGGAAGCGGUCAUAGUUUCGGUGGACAGCACACAAUGUACAGUGUUACUUGCAGUUCAGGAUUCUACCUGUCCAACUCAGCGUAUGCAAGGACCUGCACUUCGGCAGGAGGAAACUUCAAUUCAGUGCCCACAUGUCAAGCUUGCUCACACUCCAAUCUGGAUAACGUCCAGAGUAUUGUCUCAAGCUCUGGUGUUGUUACCUGUGACUACAAUGCCUUCAAAUUGGCCUCGUCGCCACCUGCCUCUUGCAAUGGCGUUGGAAGUGGAAGCUGGGAAUGGACUGGUUCAUGCGUAUUGUGCACAACGCCAAGCAGCUCCAAUGCUAGAAUCCUGUCCAACGGCACGGUGCAGUGCAAUGCGGGAUUCGUUCAGACGGCUAGUGGUCCUGUCCAAGCCCAGUGUGCUGACAGAGACAAUCCAACACCGGCCGCAUGGACCAACUAUGGAACUUGUCAAGCUGUAUGUACUUUGCCAACAGUUGCCAAUAGUAGAAGCGUAGAGGGAGGCGGUCAUAGUUUCGGUGGACAGCACACAAUGUACAGUGUUACUUGCAGUUCAGGAUUCUACCUGUCCAACUCAGCGUAUGCAAGGACCUGCACUUCGGCAGGAGGAGACUUCAAUUCAGUGCCCACAUGUCAAAGUUGCUCGCACUCUAAUCUUGGAAACGUUCAGGAGAUCAAUGCCAUUACUGGUGUAGUAACAUGUAGCACUGCUGCCUUCAAAUUGGACUCAUCACCAGUUGCCAGAUGCGCUGGAGAUGGAGAUGGAAAAUGGCAGUGGAGUGUUGGUUCAUGCACAUUGUGUAAAGACCCAACCAACCUGCAAGGUAUGAUCAGUGAUGUUGGCAUUGUCCAGUGUAGCAGUGGAUAUGUCCAGACAGCAAGUGGAACUACUGGCGGUGCUGUCACUGCUCAAUGUAACGACAGAGCACCUGGCAGCCAGGAUGUUUGGACAAACGUUGGCAGCUGUGAUGCUGUAUGUACUUUGCCAACAGUUGCCAAUAGUAGAAGCGUAAAUGGAAGCGGUCAUAGUUUCGGUGGACAGCACACAAUGUACAGUGUUACUUGCAGUUCAGGAUUCUACCUGUCCAACUCAGCGUAUGCAAGGACCUGCACUUCGGCAGGAGGAAACUUCAAUUCAGUGCCCACAUGUCAAGCUUGCUCACACUCCAAUCUGGAUAACGUCCAGAGUAUUGUCUCAAGCUCUGGUGUUGUUACCUGUGACUACAAUGCCUUCAAAUUGGCCUCGUCGCCACCUGCCUCUUGCAAUGGCGUUGGAAGUGGAAGCUGGGAAUGGACUGGUUCAUGCGUAUUGUGCACAACGCCAAGCAGCUCCAAUGCUAGAAUCCUGUCCAACGGCACGGUGCAGUGCAAUGCGGGAUUCGUUCAGACGGCUAGUGGUCCUGUCCAAGCCCAGUGUGCUGACAGAGACAAUCCAACACCGGCCGCAUGGACCAACUAUGGAACUUGUCAAGCUGUAUGUACUUUGCCAACAGUUGCCAAUAGUAGAAGCGUAGAGGGAGGCGGUCAUAGUUUCGGUGGACAGCACACAAUGUACAGUGUUACUUGCAGUUCAGGAUUCUACCUGUCCAACUCAGCGUAUGCAAGGACCUGCACUUCGGCAGGAGGAGACUUCAAUUCAGUGCCCACAUGUCAAAGUUGCUCGCACUCUAAUCUUGGAAACGUUCAGGAGAUCAAUGCCAUUACUGGUGUAGUAACAUGUAGCACUGCUGCCUUCAAAUUGGACUCAUCACCAGUUGCCAGAUGCGCUGGAGAUGGAGAUGGAAAAUGGCAGUGGAGUGUUGGUUCAUGCACAUUGUGUAAAGACCCAACCAACCUGCAAGGUAUGAUCAGUGAUGUUGGCAUUGUCCAGUGUAGCAGUGGAUAUGUCCAGACAGCAAGUGGAACUACUGGCGGUGCUGUCACUGCUCAAUGUAACGACAGAGCACCUGGCAGCCAGGAUGUUUGGACAAACGUUGGCAGCUGUGAUGCUGUAUGUACUUUGCCAACAGUUGCCAAUAGUAGAAGCGUAGAGGGAAGCGGUCAUAGUUUCGGUGGACAGCACACAAUGUACAGAGUUACUUGCAGUUCAGGAUUCUACCUGUCCAACUCAGCGUAUGCAAGGACCUGCACUUCGGCAGGAGGAAACUUCAAUUCAGUGCCCACAUGUCAAGCUUGCUCACACUCCAAUCUGGAUAACGUCCAGAGUAUUGUCUCAAGCUCUGGUGUUGUUACCUGUGACUACAAUGCCUUCAAAUUGGCCUCGUCGCCACCUGCCUCUUGCAAUGGCGUUGGAAGUGGAAAUUGGGAAUGGACUGGUUCAUGCGUAUUGUGCAGAGCGCCAAGCAGCUCCAAUGCUACAAUCCUGUCCAACGGCACGGUGCAGUGCAAUGCGGGAUUCGUUCAGACGGCUAGUGGUCCUGUCCAAGCCCAGUGUACUGACAGAGACAAUCCAACACCGGCCGCAUGGACCAACUACGGAACUUGUCAAGCCCAUUGCAACCAGCCAACGAUUGCUAACGGUUUGGUAACGACCACUGAUAUAGCAAUGCAGCACAUCUCUUAUACUAUCACCUGUAACCAGGGCUAUCUGUUGACGAACACCACGUAUUUGCAGGAAUGCCAACAGCACCCCACCUUCUCUAACAUACCGACCUGCUCCCCCCUACCUGACACCAGGAUUACGGCCACCAUCAACGGUGCAGUGAUUACGGAACGCCCCGUUUUCCUUGGUGCCACUGAAGUCCUCACGCUGCAAUGUCUUGUUCAAGGACCCAGUGCCCGCCAACAGUUCAGGUGGAAGGAAGGCUCCCAGGACCUGAACGCAGUGGCUACUUACAAUUACCCGUCUUUCCAAGCCUCCGGGCUGAUCGGGCCUGACAGGACUCUGACGUGCAGUGGAACUAAUGAUGAAAUCGACAGCAGCCUAGCUGGGAGGAGCAAGGACGCCAGCAUUCUUGUUAGCCAACGCAUUGAUACGCCUGCUGUGAGUGGUGACACGUUCUACCGCAUGGUCAGCACGGCCUUGGUUCCGCUGGUGGCUUGCGUCAACUCAUCAUACCAUCCUCACCCGAACUCAUCGCAGUGGACCGGUCCAGCAGUGCUCUCUCAGCAGUACAACCCGACCACGCCAGGCCCCGAUGGAUGCCUCCGCUCGUCCGCUUCACUGGACCCGGUGCGGGCCCGCCACGCUUCUGGAUCGUACGUCCUGACUCUGGCCUAUCCUACGCACAGCGGCGUGAAGACCGUCACGCACACCAUUGAAGUGGAAAUUACCUCCGUGCCGCAAGUGUCCUUCUCCGAUGUGACUGAACGUGAGGGUACCCCUGCCCAGCUCAACUGCACAGCUAACGGUAAUCCAGCCCCGACUGUAUCCAUCCUCCGCGACGCUCUGCUACUGACAAGCACGAAUGGUUCCAACAUCACAGCCGCCGGACUUCAACGCACCGUUGCAACGUACAACUUUGACCAGGUGAACCGCCGGGACUCUGGCGUGUACACGUGCCACGCGUGGAACCAGUUCCCUGACGUUGCCGCCUACAACAACGCCAGUCUGGAUGUUGUUCUCACUGCUCAAUAUCCUCCAGAGCAGUGUGUUGCACCGGUUAAUCGUACCCUGGUCCUGGUCGGAGAACAGCCGCGCUUCAUCAAUGUCAGCUGCCAGUGUGCUGCCGUUCCUCUGCCUACCUAUGCCCGGUCGGAGCUUCUGGAAUUCGCCACGGACGGUCCAGUGUCGAGUGUGACAGGGGUCGCCGAUGUCUACACCAUUCCCGUACAGUUUAGCAGUAUCGGCCGCUACACUUGCGAGGCAGGCAAUGUCGUCUCCGCGCCCAACCAUUUCUCGUCCAGCUUCUACGUCGACGUCGUGGCCUCGCCACGUGUGGCCCUGAGCAGCAACAACGUGACUGCCAACAGCACACUGGAGGUGGUAUGCACCGUUCACAGCCGACCCACGCUUGACAGCCUGGUGUGGCGCUACGGCAACGGGAGCGUGAUCACCGAGGGCGGUCGCAUCCGCCUGGACAGGGACAACGCGUCCGACGCCAUUCCCGGUUUUGGCGGAUACGAGCAGAACUACACGCUGAGCAUCUCCAACGUUACCGUAGCCGACCGACUUGACACGUACCUGUGCGAGGCCAGCAAUGGAGUGCCGUACUCUCAAGAAGGAACCGACUACGUAGGUGACAGCCAGUACACCUCCACCGCCAUACUCACCAUCAACGUGCAAACGAGCGCUUUCGUCACCCGUGACCUUCCUGCGGCCCGCACAUUCCCUGCAAGGGGUCAGGCUGAGCUGGAGUGCCAUGCUCGCGGUAACCCACUGCCGCAUGUCACCUGGUUUAGCACGGCCGAGUCUUUCUCCUCGGCGGCUCUUGUGAACACAACGUUUGACAGGGCAAUGCACACCACACGUAGUGUCCUGUUGCUGCCGAAUGUGUCGUUCAGCGAUGUCGGCCAGUAUCACUGCAUAUUCAGCAACCCGUUCAACACCGUCAACACGACCACCCUGUCUGCGUCCGUAUUGGCACCGCCACGGAACGUUUACAGAACUGCCACAACCAAAGUGAACGAGACCGACACCUUCACGCUUAGCUGCACGUUCGAGGGCACUCCAGCUGCAUCCAUCUCCUGGUACUUGGCUGGCUUUGCCGAUAAACCUCUUGUGGCCGAUGGCGACAGCUCUGUUGAGCUGCUACCCACUGGCUUCUACCGGGUCUCGUCAAACUUCACGCUAAUCAACAUCACGCGCCAGGAUCGCAGUGGUUACUUCUGUGAGGCAUACAACGGCGUCACUCCGGAUGAGGUGGAGCUGAACAGGAACAUCGAGUUCGACGUCAAUUCCACCUACACAACUCGAGCCGCCAUCUUCCUGGACGUUCUCUUUGUACCGACGCUGUCUGCUGACCUAUCCCCGGUCUACGCACUGGACAACACGCAAACAUUCACGUUGACAUGCUCAGCCACGGGCAACCCAGUGCCCAGCAUCAUAUUUGGAACUUCCAUCUUUGAAAAUGGUGUCACUAUCUCGAAUGGCACCCUCACGUUUGAUGGUGAGGUCGUUGGCCAGUUCGCGUCGGUUGCUUCCGACGUACGCGUUGCCGGCUCAAUGCAACUGCUCAAUGCUAACGACACGAUCCACGGUGGACUGUACAGCUGUGCCUUUUCCAACUUCCUUGGUGAUCGCAUCUCUUCAACAGCCAACGUCACUGUCUCCGAUAUCAAUGAAUGCCUGUCCAGUCCGUGUGCUAAUGGAGGCACGUGUACGCCACUCGUUGCCAGCUUUGAGUGCAGCUGUCCUCCUGCAUGGGCGGGUGCAACCUGUUCCAUUCCCACACCAGACUAUGAUGAAUGUAUGUCCAACCCAUGCCUGAACAACGCUACAUGCAUCGAUCAAGUGGGUGCAUUCCAAUGUCGCUGUAGAGCGGGUUUCACCGGUGAUAAAUGCCAGUCAUUGCUGGACUGCCCUGCUUUCCAGCGUCGCGACAGCGGCGGAAUCUUCUGCGAGCCGUGCGCGUGCGAUCAACUAGGCUCGGAGUCGUGUGACAUGACAAACGGCACGUGCUACUGCAAGCCGAGCAUUACCGGUAGUGUGUGCGAUCGCUGCAUUGACAACUACUACCAGGCUACGGGCAAGGUGAGUGGCUGUGUUGCCUGCUCCUGCGACUCUGCACGCACUGUCGUCGGCAACACCAGCUGUGACGGCAGGACGGGCAUCUGCAACUGUCUGCCGAACUUCAGCGGCUUCCAAUGCCAGUACUGUUCGCUGGGCUUCUUUGACCUGAGUGCUGGAUGCCCGGCGUGCAGCUGUUCCGCCGAGGGCUCACUGCAUGCUGUGUGCGACCAGGCAAACAAUGGCCAGUGCGCGUGCAAGCCCGGCAGCAGCGGACUCGACUGUGCCCAGUGCCUGCCUGGAUUCUUCAAGCAGAACAGCACUUCCCAGUCGUGUGCUACGUCCACAGACGGUCAGCCGUGUCAAGAUUGCCGUUGCUCUCCCGUUGGCUCUAACAGCAGCGAGUGCAGCGUGACCAGCGGCGAAUGUUUGUGCCUACCUGGUUACACGGGACAGCGGUGUGAUGAGUGCACGGACGCUGCUCAAUACUACACCGAGCAAGCAGGCUGCCUAAACAUGAAUGAGUCUAUGCUGACACCGCUUGCGGAUACUCAGGUCAGCGGGGAUUCGUUCUCUCUCACCUACCCGGUGGUCUUUGGAUCCAGCUAUGCAGAGUACAGCAACGUUACGGUGUCGAGGAACGGAUUCGUGUCGUUGGCCGGCUUCACGGGCGGUUACAACCGUAUUGACCGUGUGACUGACAGUAUUGCUCUGGUGGCACCGCUGUGGACUAACACUGCUACAGCCAGCCGUUGCAAUUCAGGUACGGUGACUAGCCAUGUUGUGAGCAACAGCACCGACGCAGCCACCUUCUCGCAGAUCCUUCAGGCAGUGAGGGCGUCCUCCAUUGGCAGUGAAGAGUUCACACCCAGCGAGGCGGUCGUCACGACCUGGCGUGAGAUGCGCGAGAAUGACACACACGACAGACGCAACACAUUCCAGGCAGCCAUCAUUGGUGACGAGUGUCAGACGUUUGCCCUGUUCUUCUACCCCAAGUAUGGUGUCAGCUGGCUGGGUAACCCCAAGGCUGUGGUGGCUGCAUGGCGUCCCACAAAUGGCAACGUCGAGAGCUACUUCAGCCCAGCCAGCGUAGCACGUCAGCUAGUCACCAGGCUAACACCGGGCUGCAGCCAGCGUCUGCGCGGCAUCAAGAAAUGCCGUGCCCUUGUGGAGACUCCGUCCUACCUCCAGUCCACCGCCAAUCUCCUCCAGUGCCCGGCAGAGCGUGCAACAACCUCUGUACUCGGCAUCUUUGAGCGACAGCCCGCAGUCUCUGGCAGCUACCUCUGCUACAGGUCAACCCCGGUCUCCAAUGGAUCACGCUACCAGGCUUCUUCGGUCUGCUGCUAUGGCAGUGACGGACUUCUUGUUGAUAGUGGUGCCCUUCAGGCGUACGAGACAUACCAAGUCAUCGAUGCUUCUAUCCUGGCCUACUGCCAGCAGGGAGGCGUUCUGAACGAGUUCUUUGGCAAGCGCCGCUCGCCCAGAGCCACCACAACCAGAGUGGCACUGACUCAAGCUUCUGGAUUUGGUGACCCUCACUUGACCAACUUCGAGGGUGAGGACUUUGAUUUCCAUGGCAUUGGCGAGUACCUGAUGGCAAGGUUUGCAACACCAGCGGCGUACAAUUUCUCCAUUUUCACAAGGCUGGAAGUGGCCCCGGUUAAUGCACUCAACUUCACGUCUAUCACCCGCGUAGCCAUCAACCUCUGGAUCAGUAGGUUGCAGCAGACUCUGAGCGUGGAGGUGUUUGCAUACAGCAACAACACCCUUGCCAUUGUCGGAGAUGAUCAGCUGGUGCAGAGUAUCCGCGCCGGCAACCAUACCUAUUUCAGACUGCACAGCGGCAGUCUUGUGACGUCGUACGGCUCAAGCAGUGUGCAAGUCUCCGUUCAGCAAGCACCUGUCCUCUUCUUGGCCUUCCAAGUGGCGCAUGAUCCCUUCUCCACCGUGGACGGUCUUCUCAACAUGUCUCGUCCCAGCGUUGAUCUGAGCAACUCGGCAAGUGUUCUGGCUGCCGCGGCAACUCUGCAAGUUCAGCCAGACCAUGAUGUGUUCACCUACGAUGACAACACCACCUACGCAACAUACAAUCCAGCUGGCGUUGUGCCCAACCAGGCUGUUGUCGACGUGCUGAACAUCAGCAGCGAGGCAAACGCCACUUGCGAUGGAGACUUAGCUUGCCUGGCCGACUUCAUUGCAACUGGCAGCACCACACUGGCCGCAUCUACCCUCGUGACGGAGAAAGCUCUUCAGCAAUCCUCCAUUGCCGUGGCUCGCAGUCCACCACUGAUAACAUUGUCUACUGAUGUCCUCAAUGCUAACUUCAAUGUAACCAGCAACUUGACUGUUCGUGCUGCUGCUGCGCUCACUCUUAACAUCUCGGUUAUCGAAGUGGCCACCUCCAGCGGAAUUGUCCCUGGUGAUCUGGUGUCGGCGUACUCCCCGCAGUCUGGAUUGGUGCUUAGCUGGACUCCCAGCCAGCGCCAGCCAAGCAGCAGUAUUAUGCUACGCGUGCGUGCCGUUGACUCGGCCAACCAGGCAUCCAUCGUCACCGUGCCAAUCACCCUCUGCAGCUGCUUUGGAGAGUGCAGCGCUGCACCAGCCAGCACUGCUGUCUCAACAGCCUUCACUCUACUUGCAUGUACUGCAUGCUUGCCAGGUCAAACUGGCCGUAUUUGCGAGAGCGACAUCGACGCUUGCCUGUCGCAGCCCUGCGGUGGACUGCGGCAAUGCUCGGACGAGCCCGCCCCGUCACUGGGCUACCGAUGCGGAGCAUGCGCAAGCGGUUUCCGCGACGGCGGUUCUUCGAACUUGUCCUGUGUGCCAAUGGACGAGUGCGCGGAGGGUGUUGCGGUGUGCGCACCCACAAUCAGCACUUGCCAGGAUCAGCUUGCCUCCUAUUACUGUCCUUGUGCAGUGGGAUAUACUGGUACUGGAAACAACAGCUGUGUCGAUGUGGACGAGUGUCAAGAUGCUCAGUUGAAUGACUGUGACCAUAAAUAUGCAACCUGCAACAACACCAGAGGAAGCUAUACGUGUGGUUGUAUGCGUGGAUUCCAGGGACCGGGUAUUAGCGCACAUGGAGGUUGCCAUGAUAUCAACCAGUGUUCAACAGGACAGCAUGACUGCGUGCCAGAGGCAGAGUGCUUGGACGACAACACUAUUGCUGGAAAACACACAUGUACUUGCCCAGACAAGCAACUGCAGUCAUCGGACAGGAACUGCGAUGUGGCUCUGACAUCCCGUGUAUCCCCGGAUACACCCGCUACUCAGAAGUUCCCAGUCGGCACUGCUAUCACCAUGACGUGCCUAUUCACCGGCUUUGCUCGCAAUGGCAUUUCCUGGACAUUGGCUUCCCGCUCCGUGCUUAAACACUCGUCUGGCAUUUUCACUGUGGUGACUUCCGUCACUAACAUCAGUGCAACAUCUACUCUUUCAUUCACUAUCGGCGCUAACAACCUGACCGGAGAGUACAGCUGUGUUGGUGGUAAUAGUCGUGGCAGCAGCACUCAGACCUUCCUGCUUACCGUCACUCCAGCUCCCACAGACGCCGAAGACACCAAGACCAACCUGUACAUAAUCAUUGGAGCAAGUGUCGGUGGUGUAGUUCUGCUUGUCGUUCUCGGCCUGGUCAUCUUCUUGAACGGCAGGAAUCGCCGCAGUGUGACCAUCGGAGGUCAUGACAACAAACUCCGAGCCAUGGGUAGUGGCGGUAUCCAGUACCGUAGCGCCGCUCUCCGUGACAACGACGAGGGAGAAGAGCCCACCAAGGAGAAUUCCAUCGAGUCCAACACGGCCGUCAACAUAACCACAGUGGAUGCUACGUUGGCUACAAACGCCGUGUAAACAACGUGCGCGUGCACGUGUGUGUGUGUGUGUUUGUGUGUGUGUGUUUGUGUGUUUGUGUGUGUUUGUGUGUGUGUGUUUGUGUGUGUGUGUGUGUGUGUGUGUGUGUGUGUGUGUGUGUGUGUGUGUGUGUGAACACAGCGCAAGUCGCCGUGUGUGUGUGUGUGUGUGUGUGUGUGUGUGUGUGUGUGUGUGUGUGUGUGUGUGUGUGUGUGAACACAGCGCAAGUCGCCGUGUGGGAACACAGCACGCCGCGUCCUCGGUCAGUAAUACCGGCCGUCUUGUUCUAGUCAAUGCAGCGUAUGCCAUUCUGUUCAGGCACGUGAACACCAACCAUCCUCUGCUGCACACUACACGCUGCGCACAAAGUGACUGCUUGCGUGCACCCACUGAAGAUGGGAUUAUUAGGAUGCAAUUAGGAUGCGUGUCCGUCGCCGCGCACAAGAAUACUGCUGUGUACCAGCUUGGCCUGGUCUUGCCUGCGUGUACUAAAUAAAUAUUAAUGGCAUCAGUGAUUGUGACUUGUUCUUACACCCCACCCUGUACCUGCCCCGUUCCGGCCCUGUUAUGGCUCCUCUAACGGGUGCGCUCCUUUUUCUCUCCCAUAUAUGCACACACAGCCCCUCAUAACUUUGUUAUACACACACACACACAUGGAUAUACACAGCAUGUAUGUAACUGAUGUUCAAUAAGACUCAACCUGAGAUCAAGACUUGCUUUCAAACCUGAAGCGUUUUCAGUAUGUUUUCAUGUCUUUUCUCGCCCAAUGAUCAACGUCUAAUGCCCCAGCCCCUCAAGUCGCACUGUCGCCAUCAGUGUGACAUUGGCUUCGAUCUUCUGCUACAAAUUGCAAUGACGCUUUCCCAUUGUCUUUGUCUUAUUUUCUUUUGAUCAACUUUCCACAUCCACGGUCCAACUCACGGGCCGCACAGUCAAGAUUCCCAUAAAAACAUACGCACAUUUCUUGCACUGCCGCUUGUGUUUAAGGCUCCACCCUUCCUUUACAGGCUCUUUAUUUUAAAACAAAACUUAUUCAUCUUUUGAAUCAUCUGCCUGGCUGCAUAGCAUGCAGUCACAUCUAGACUUUUAUUGCAUGCUGCCAUUCUUCCAGCUAGGCUGUCCAAAAGAGUGCCCAAUGCCAUGCUGAAAGGCGUUACAACGGAUUGUUCAUCCUCACCCUCUUCUUCUUGUAGAACGGAUAUGGAAACCGCAAAGUUUAUUGCAAAUUCAGAAUCAACAUGACACAAUGUAGCUGCGCAUGCCGCGACUGGGUCUACGUCCGACGGAUUGCCGAACACCAGUUCACAGAACGACUCUGCCUCGAACAACGAUUGACAGUACAGCAUUUCGCUCCAAAUGCAACUCAUUAAAAUUACAUUAACAGAGA